AGUGGGAGUGACAGUAGCGAAGGGCUGGGUGAUUUUAGUGAUGAUGAUGAUGCAGCCAGAGGAAGAGAAGGGGCAACGGGAGGGGACUGCACAGCAGGAAGGGGGAGAGCAGCAUGCGCAUUCACGUUGUUUAUAUAUAUCUGGAGUGCCGGGCACGGGCAAGACAGCAGUGGUGAUGGAGGUGAUGCGACAGGCGAGGAGGAAGAGCAGAGUCCUCUGGGAGGCACUAACUGGCCAAAGGAUCGCCUGGAAGAAAGCCCUCCACUCCCUCAACCUCCGAUUCGCCUCCUCUCCCUCCUCCGGGGCAGUGCUCUACAACAUCUUUGAAUGGACCACCUGGAGCUCCUCACGCCUUGCCGUGAUUGGCAUAGCUAACACCGUUGACUUACCGGAGCGACUCUUACCACGCAUCGCCAGCAGGAUGGGCCUGCACCGCGUGCCUUUCUCUCCCUACACCCGCGACCAGAUCGAGACAAUUGUCGCCGCCCGCCUCCAAGCCUGUCAGCUGUUCGCGCCUAGAGCGAUUGAGCUAGCUGCGAGGAAGGUGGCAUCGGUGUCUGGGGACGUGAGGAGGGCACUUGAGAUUUGCAGGAGGGCGGUUGAGAUAGCAGAGGCAGACUCCAGGGCGGCACAGGCAGCUGAUGCGGCUGAGGCGACUGAGGCGGCAGAUGAAGCGGGGGCUUCUGCCACGCAAGCAGCUGUGGCUAGUCAGGGGCAUCAAACCAAGAAGGGGGAGGGUGAAGCAGAAGGUUGUGAAGAGGCGGGGAGAAGGGGAGGAGGAGGAGAGGACAAGGGGGGUGGGGAAGAAGGGAAGGUCGCAGGGAGGAGGGACGAGAUGGAGGUGGGAGAAGCAGAGGGGAGUGAGGCAGGGAGGAGUCAGGAGGCGGGUGGGGAGGGGAAGGGCGGCAAGGAGAGGGGAGGAAGAAGGAAAGGAGGUGGCGAGGGGCUAAUGGAGAAUGCCAGUGCUAGUGGUGGUGCUGGUGCUAGUGGUGCUAGUGGUGCUAGUCGUGGUAGUGGUGGCAUGAACGGUGCUCAUGCUACCACUCCCACACGGCAGUUGAGACCUAGGAGAGGGGUGAGAGGUGGUGAGCAGGGUGCAGGAGAGAACACUGGUGGUGGUGUGAACGGUGCUCAUGCAGCCACUCCCACACUGCCAGCUCAACACAGUGAUGAUGGUUCUGGUAUGAACGGUGCUCAUGCUACCACUCCCACACAGCAGUUAAGAUCGAGGCGAGGGGUGGGAGGCGGUGAGCAUGGUGCAGGAGAAGAGGCGUGUUUCAAGCCGACUCAGAAUGCUGGUGGUGGUGGUGUGAACGGCGCUCAUGCAGCCACUCCCACACGAGAGUUAAGACCUAGAAGAGGGGUGAGAGGGGAUGGUCAGGGUGCAGGAGAAGAGAUGUGUAAAAAGGUGGAAGGUGGACAGGCAUUGGGAGAGGCUGAUGAAAAAGCGGCGUGGGAUGGGAAGGUGGAGGGAGACGGCAGCACGGGCAGCAAGGGAAGGCAGCAGCCGCUGAUGUUGCAGUCGCAGCAUGGGAGGGAGGCGAGCAACGGGGCGAUAGAUGGAGAUGGGGCAAAGGAGAGGUGUGCCCUGCUGGUGGUGCAGAUAGAGCAUGUGGAAGCAGCCAUUAGGGAGAUCUUCUCCUCGCCACAUAUUAUGAUCAUUCGCCGCCUGUCUGCAGUUGAAAAGAUCUUCCUCGCAGCGCUCUCCUUUGACCUCCACCGCUCCGGUGCUGCAGAAACCACCUUUGGAAAGGUGCAGCACCUGUGCCUCGGCUGGCUGCAGCACCACAACUCUACCAUCCCUGCCACACUCCCAUCCUCGGCACUCUCCUCAUUGGUUGUUGCCACGUCAGCAGCUCCUCCCGACCAAUCAGAGGAUGCCCGUGGCAGGGGGCAGAAGUGCCCGGUGCAGCAGUCUGCUGGAAAGGAGGAGGAAGCUUCCCGGGAGCUCCUAGUGCGGCUGAAUGUGUCUCACGAUGCCCUGCUGGCAGCGUGUGCACGCCUGGCCGAGUCUCAUCUGCUGCUAGCAGAGGCCACUGUGCUACACUGCCACCAGCGCAUUCAGCUCAACCUGCCCAGGGAGGACGUGGUUCAUGCGUUGAGCACUGACCAAGAAUUGCCGUGGUUGUCAAGGCAUCUUGGAUGACUGUUGGAAGCCCGGUGUAACAGCCCAGGCGUAUUCCGGGAAGUACACAAUACAGUGCGGUGCAGGGCCUAUCUUUGCUUUUCCGCCCAUCUGAUUUUCACGAGUGAUCCUUCGCGUAACUCUGAUUUUCAGAGUGCCUUGGAGCUGUAACUCUGAUUUUCCUGGGUUUUUCCUAAAUUUCACUGAUUUACUCUGAUUCAUGUAAUCUCUUCUGCCAUCUCAUUUUCUAACCAC